GCCCCAGGCUGUUUCUCCGUGUCGUCCUCACAGCAAGGACUGUAGUGCCGGCAUUGCGAGGCUGGAGGACGCCGCAAUCAGGUAGCCUCCUGGGCUCAAAUGCCGCCCUCUGUCCUCCCGAAGCCGCUAGCCGCGUAAAGUUAACGGAGUGGCAAGCCCCGCCGCCGCCCUUCGUUUCCAAGGGGCGCAGAAGCCAGUGUGUUUGUUUCGUGGGAGGUAGUGUGGAUUUGCCCCAAAGGGCGUUGCCCAACGCAGCGCGAAGUCAAGUCUGAGGGGUCCAUCGGAGGCUGGCGGCAGGUGUGGGAGUCUCCCGGUCGCCCCUUUCUGAUUGAGUUGGGAGCAGCUGCUGGAUAGACAGACUUGCGGAAUGGUGCCUCUGCCUUAUUAAGUCCUAUUGGAAGACUGCCACACCUAGACUAAUGUUUAUCGAUCAUCAUUCCCACGCAAGUCCUGUGUCAUUGAGCACAUCUGUAAGGAUGCCUUAAAAUAAGAACCAUGGAGAAGUAUGUUAAACAACAAAAGAUUGGAGAAGGUUCCUUUGGAAAAGCCAUUCUUGUUAAAUCUAAAGAAGAUGGAAGACAGUAUGUUAUCAAGGAAAUUAACAUCUCAAGAAUGUCCAGUAAAGAAAAAGAAGAAUCAAGGAGAGAAGUUGCAGUGUUGGCAAACAUGAAGCAUCCAAAUAUUGUCCAGUAUAGAGAAUCAUUUGAAGAAUCUGGGCCACAUGGCUUUUCUUUAUGCAAGCAGACAGCCACGUCUUUCUCUCUCCGAGCAGCAGAUAGAUGGAUUUUGGACUGGUUUGUACAGAUAUGUUUGGCCCUGAAACAUGUACAUGAUAGAAAAAUUCUUCAUAGAGAUAUAAAAUCACAGAACAUAUUUUUAACCAAAGAUGGGACAAUACAACUUGGUGAUUUUGGAAUUGCUAGAGUUCUUAAUAGUACUGUAGAGCUGGCUCGAACUUGCAUAGGGACCCCAUAUUACCUGUCACCUGAAAUCUGUGAAAAUAAACCUUACAAUAAUAAAAGUGACAUUUGGGCUCUUGGGUGUGUCCUGUAUGAGAUGUGCACACUUAAACAUGCAUUUGAAGCUGGCAAUAUGAAAAACCUGGUACUCAAGAUCAUAUCUGGAUCUUUUCCACCUGUGUCUUUGCAUUAUUCCUAUGAUCUCCGCAAUCUGCUCGCUCAGUUAUUUAAAAGAAAUCCUAGGGAUAGACCGUCUGUCAGCUCCAUAUUGGGCAAAGGCUUUAUAGCCAAACGUAUUGAAAAAUUUCUCUCACCUCAGUUUAUUGCAGAAGAAUUUUGCCAGAAAACGUUUCAAAAGCUUGGAGCACAGUCUAUACCAGUGAAAAGACCAGCUUCAGGACAAAGCUUGGCUUCUGUUGUGCCUGCUCAGAAAAUUACAAAGCCUGCUGCUAAAUAUGGAGUACCUUUGACAUCUAAGAAAUAUGGAGAUGCACCUAAAAAGUUACAUGAAAAGAAGCCACUUCAAAAACAUAAACAGGCCCAUCAAACUACAGUGAAGAAAGUGAAUCCUGGAGUAGAAAGGAGGAAAAUGUUUGAGGAAGCAGCAAGAAAGAGAAGGUUAGAACUUAUUGAAAAAGAAAAGAAACAAAAGGAACAGAUUAGUUUAAUGAAGGCUGAACAGAUGAAAAGGCAAGAAAAGGAAAGGUUGGAGAAAAUAAAUAGGGCCAGGGAACAAGGAUGGAGAAAUGUGCUAAGUGCUGGUGGAGGUGGUGAAGUAGAGGGAAUCCUGCAAAACCUGGCAGCUCUCUAUGGAGGCAGGCCCAGCUCUUCAAGAGGAGGAAAGCCAAGAAACAAAGAGGAAGAGGCUUAUCUGGCCAGGCUAAGGCAAAUAAGACUACAGAAUUUCAAUGAACGCCAACAGAUUAGAGCCAAACUUCGUGGUGAAAAGAAAGAAGAUGAAGGAGGGAGUGAAGAGGCUGACAUGAGACGCAAAAAGAUAGAAGCACUUAAGUCCCAAGCAAAUGCACGUGCAGCUGUACUGAAAGAACAACUUGAGCGGAAGAGAAAGGAAGCAUAUGAGAGAGAGAAGAAAGUGUGGGAAGAACAUUUGAUGGCCAAAGAAAUAAAGAACUCUGAUGUGUCUCCACCUUUGGUAGAUGAUGAGACAGGUGGUUCCCCAUCAAAGCAGCAGACACGAUCCAUUAUUUCUAUGACUUCCGCUUUGAAAGAAGUGGGUAUGGACAGCUUAACUGAUAUCCAGGCAACCUCAGAAGAAAUGCAAAAGACCAACAAUUCUAUUUCAAAUAAACGAGAAAUACUACGUAGAUUAAAUCAAAAUCUUAAAGCUCAAGAGGAUGAUGAAAAAGGGAAGCAGCACCGCUCAGACAUUUGUGUGAUGAGUACUCACGAAGAUGCCGAAGAGCACAAAGAAGGAACGCCUGUUUCGUCUGACCGGAGGAAGUGGGAAGCAGGUGGCCAACUUGUGAUUCCUCUGGACGAGUUAACGUUAGAUGCAUCUUUCUCUGCGACUGAAAAACACACAGUGGGAAAGGUUAUUAAAUUAGAUCCUUCUGGAUCUCCAAGAAAAGUCUGGGGGAAAAGUCCUACAGAUUCUGUUCUGAAGAUACUUGGAGAAGCUGAAUUACAACUUCAGACAGAACUGUUAGAAAACACAACUACUAGAAGUGAGAUUUCUCCUGAAGGGGAAAAGUACAAACCUGUAAUCAUUGGAGAAGAAGUAAAAUGCAUUUCAUGUGAAAUAAACCCCUCAGCUACUGUUGAUUAUCCUUAUGUUGAAAUGAAAAGUCCAAAGUUUAGCGAGGCAUCUCCACAGAUAACAUUGAAACCAGAAGGAAAUUUGGAUGAACCUGAUGAUUUGGAAACAGAAGUUCUACAAGAGCUAAAGGGAAUAAACAAAGAUAGUAGCUUGCCAGGUGCUAUCACUGAUGUGUGGGUUGAGAAGAAAGAAGCAAAGGAAACUGAGUUGGAAGACAGAAUCACCAUUCAGCCAAAUGAAAUUUCUGGAGAUGAAAAUCUGAGCAAUGUCAACCAAUUUAGUGAAAUUCAUACAGAGCCUGAAAUAGAUGAUUUGCUGCACUCUAAAAGUGAUAUAGAUAAAUCUAUGCAACCAGAACCAUUUUUCCAUAAAGUGGUUCAGUCUGAAGACUUGAAAAUAACCUCUCAAGUUCAAUUAAUUCAGUGUUCACCAGAAGAGCCCUUUCCAGUUCGAUCUCGCUCUGAUUCACCACCAAAACAUAAAAGCAAGAGUUCUUUGCUGAUUGGUCUUUCAACUGGUUUAUUUGAUGCAAACAACCCAAAGAUGCUGAGGACAUGCUCACUUCCAGAUCUCUCAAAGCUGUUUGGAACACUUAUGGACGUUCCCAUUGUCGGAGAUGUGCAAGAAGACAAUCUUGAACUAGAGGAAAUUGAAGAUGAACAUACUAAAGGAGGACCUUCUGAUUCCGAGGACAUCGUGUUUGAAGAAACUGACACAGAUUUACAAGAGUUGCAGGCCUCCAUGGAGCAGCUGCUUAGAGAGCAGCCUGGGGAAGAGGACAGUGAAGAGGAGGAAUCAGUCCUCAAGACCAGUGAUGUGGAGCAGAGUGCAGAUGGCGCCGAGCUGGCGGACGAGGACGACAACCCCAGCAGUGAAAGUGCCCUGAAUGAGGAAUGGCACUCAGAUGACAGUGACGGUGAGAUUUCCGGUAGAUGUGAGUGUGACAGUGUCUUUAACCACUUAGAGGAGCUGAGGCUUCAUCUGGAGCAGGAAAUAGGUUUUGAAAAAUUCUUUGAGGUUUAUGAGAAAGUAAAGGCUAUUCAUGAAGAUGAAGAUGAAAAUAUUGAAGCUUGUUCGACAGUAGUUCAGAAUAUUUUGGGGAAUGAACAUCAGCAUCUAUACGCCAAAAUUCUUCAUUUAGUCAUGGCAGAUGGAGCAUAUCAAGAAGGUUGGUGUGCUUCUUCCAUGUGGGCUUUGUUGCUUCUGAACUAAGUGGCUGCUUGUUUAUCUUCAAGCCUUUAAGACACCAUGGUAUCUCUUUUGAUGGCCAGCCACCAUCAACUUUCUUCACCACAUUUGCUUAUGCAUCCACUUUGUCUUCAGUGAU